GUCGUUUUCCCUAGUUGCCUGGUAACCGCAGGGACGCCGUGCGCGAGGCCUUCGCAGGGAAAGAAAAGGCUGUGUGGGGAGGCCGGAGCAGAUGGGAACGAUGCUGCGGCCCGCGGUGCGCUUCGGGAGGCGCCAAGGGCAAAGCCGAGAGGACACGCCAGAUGAAAAGGAUGAAGUGGAGGGAAUAUUUCUUCCAGUGGGAGUAGAUCUUCAUGAAAUAGCCAUACUGCCCAAGGCAGAAUGGCAAAGGAUUCAAGGCAGCCUCACAGCUCGAGCCAGAGAAGUAGCACAGGCCCGUGCUGAAAGGAAAGAACGGAAAGAGCUACAUUUGAAGUCUCAAGCGCUUGUCAAGAACUGGACCAACACUAUUGCAGGUAUGUCACAAAUGAAAUUGAAAGCCAGAAAAGUGCGGAAAGAAAGGGAAGAGGAAGAGAGAAGAAAGAUUGACCUGGAAGAAGCAAAGUACCAAGCACAAAAACGGAAAGAGUUUAUAGAAAUAGCCAAAAUACAACAAAAUUAUGAAAAUGAGAGAGUGAAAGACUUCAAUAAAGCCUUUUUACUUACUGAAGUCUUAAAGGAAAGAGAUGCGCAGAUUGAAUUUAACAAGAUAAAAGAAAACCUGUACCGCAGUAAGCAUGAAGAAAUGGAAAAGGAGCGUCUAAAAGCUAUAAAGAGAGAGGAGGAAAAGGCCAAGGAACGCCACAGGAAGAGACUAGAGCUUAGCAAGGAGCAGUUAGAACAGAUAAAAGAGCAUGAACAUCAAGCAGAAAUUGACAAGCAAGAAGAGAAAAAAGCAGGGGAAGAGAUCCAGGCACUGGUCAGGCGACAUCAAUUGGAAGUGAUGCAGAAAGAGCAAGAGGAGUACCAGCAAAGACUUAAACGCAGACAGGCAUAUCAGGAGUAUGUUGCUGAUCAGAAAACCCUGAGAGCUAUAGAAAAGCAAAAAGAAGAAGAAGAAGAAGAUAAAAUUCGAAGACAUUAUCAGGCAAAGCGAGCUAUGGCUAAGCUGAAAAGACAAAAGGAAGAGGAACUCGACAGGUUAAUGGAGAUACACAGAGAGAAUAUUACCAACCGCCUCCUGAAGCAGAUGCAAAAGAAAGUUGAGGAUGAAGAUAAGCGUAUCGCAAGAGAGGUUGCAGAAAGAGAAGAGGAGAUUGAGAAUGAACGCAAAGCAAAAGAAGAAAAAAACAACGCUGAUCUCAAAUCCAUCAAAGAGCAUAGGCUUGGUGUGAUAAAAAUGAAGGAAGAGAAAUUGAAACAGGAAAAAAUAGAAGCCCAAGAAAUACUUAAGGGACAGCUAGAAGCAGACCGGGUCUAUCAAGAACUGGAGAAGGACAAGAAACAUAGAUUUUACUGUGCAAAUCUAAAAUUACAAGAAGCUCAUGUUGCGCAAAUAGCUGAAAAAAUUUCGAAAGGAGAACAUGAGAAGCAAGAAGAGCUAGAAUAUGAAAAGCAAAAAGAAUGCAUAGCACUAUGGAAGGAGCAGGAAUUUCAGAAGUAUGCAAAGAAAGUAAUUGAUGAGGCAUCCAAGACAACGCGACAUCUUUACCCUCUUUACCAAGUAGCGAAGGAAGGCGCAAUGAAGGAAUCAAUUUAUCACAGACAACCACCUCCAUCACCUGAUAAGCAUUCUACUAAAUUGCCAUAUAUUGGUGAAAAAGCUCAAGAUAUGAAACUCUUACAUGAACCUGGAUAUGGUGAUACUAAGGCACGACUUGGUUUUACAUGGUAACCCCUGCCUCCUGUUUUCAAUGUUAAAAUGAAGUCCAAAUUAUGGGGGAAAAAAACACAGAAUUGGCAAGCUUAAGAUAAUUAAAUGCAAUGUCUGAAUAUAUAUACAGAAAACUGGAAAAUCAGUAAUUGUAAACAAUGUAUAACAUUUACAAGCAAUUGAAUAGUUUUGUUCUCCUUACAUUUUAAAAUAAAGUUUUUAUCAGUGAUCCAAAAA